AUGUCACAAAAAGGCAAGGCCACCGACGCCCCCGCCACCGGAGAUCCAAUGGAUCUGCAACCAGGUUCCAAAGUUGAGGUCAACCACGAAGACGAUGUUUGCCCGCGUGCGUGGUACACCGCUAUAAUCAUGGAGCGCGCUACUUCAACAAACGACAAGAGGUACGUGGUCCAAUUCACCGAUCUUUACCAAGACAAAAAUAGCGGGACAAAACUCUCUAAGGAGUACAACGGCGUCGAUAUACUCCCUUUGCCCCCUCCACAACCACCAAGAAAGUUCAAGGUGGGGGACAUAGUGGAGGCUUAUUUCGACGACGGCUGGUACGAAGGCAAGAUUGAUCAAGUGUUGGAUGAUGACAAGUAUAUUUUUCGAAUGUCAUCAAUGUUCUUACUGUUUGGAGUGAAACAAUUGAGGCUUCGUAGAACUUGGUUGUGGGUACCACCAUUGGAUGAAUCUGAGCUAGCUGUGGAGGAAGAAGAUUCAACAGAGACUGACAACGCAGAAGAAAGCAAAGCAGGGACUGGUAACAUAUUGGAGGAGUCCGAUCAGAAAACAAAAGAAAAAGAAGAAGAAGAAGAGUUUAGUGAGGGAGCACGUGUUGAGGUGGGGAAUAAUAGGUACCUCAUUCGGUUUGAGACCUUGAGAACCGAAGAGGGUACUCGUUUCUCAGAGAAAGAGAUGGAUAGCUUGCACAUUAGGCCUCCUCCACCACACAUUCCGGUGCCUGACCAGUUUAAAAUGUUUGAUCACGUUGAAGCUUUGUACAAAGGUGGGGGGUGGAAGGGCGUGAUUGCAGAGGUUAUUCCUGAUGACCCUAAAUAUCUGGUCUUUUUGGCUAACCAUGAGAGAUUGGAAUGUAAACACUCUGAUUUAAGGCCACGCCAAGGCAGGAUUGAUGGAAAAUGA